AUGGUACCUCUGACCAUCGAGCACUGGAACUACCAUAGGAUUAUGGUACCUCUGACCAUCGAGCACUGGAACUACUAUAGGGUUAUGGUACCUCUGACCAUCGAUCACUGGAACUACCAUAGGGUUAUGGUACCUCUGACCAUCGAUCACUGGAACUACCAUAGGGUUAUGGUACCUCUGACCAUCGAGCACUGGAACUACCAUAGGGUUAUGGUACCUCUGACCAUCGAGCACUGGAACUACCAUAGGGUUAUGGUACCUCUGACCAUCGAGCACUGGAACUACCAUAGGGUUAUGGUAACUCUGACCAUCGGGCACUGGAACUACCAUAGGGUUAUGGUACCUUUGACCAUCGAUCACUGGAAGUACCAUAGGGUUAUGGUACCUCUGACCAUCGAUCACUGGAAGUACCGUAAUGACAACACGUUCCUCCACGAUGUGUUACCGCCGCUGCCGGAGGUGUUGGCGUACGCUCCAGACCUGAGCUCCUCCCACUUCCACGCCCCCUCUCGCUGUAGCUCCUCCCACUGCCCCAACCCCCCUCACUGUAGCUCCUCCCACUUCCACGCCCCCUCCCGCUGUAGCUCCUCCCACAGCAUGGAGUCUGCCCUGGACUCAGCGGAGCGGCCUGUCAGCUACACGUCCACCUCGUCCUCUGCCUCGUCCCGGGACAGUCACUGCUCUCUGGGGGGUCGCCACGCCCUGAUGCAGGCACCCCCCUGCCAGGACCACCCAGACUCAGGGGCCAUACGUCUGGAGCUGGUGCCGACCCAGCAGCUGCAGGACGAGGACCGCAAAGACUUUGACGGAAAAGGGACCAGGAGGGACCACCAGAGCCCCACCUCCGCUGAGCUCAAAGAGACCACAGAGCAGGGCCUCUCUCUGGGACAGAGGACCACCGAGCAGGGCCUCUCUCUGGGACAGAGGACCACCGAGCAGGGCCUCUCUCUGGGACAGAGGACCACAGAGCCGGGCCUCUCUCUGGGACAGAGGACCACAGAGCCGGGCCUCUCUCUGGGACAGAGGACCACAGAGCCGGGCCUCUCUCUGGGACAGAGCACCACAGAGCAGGGCCUCUCUCUGGGACAGAGCACCACAGAGCAGGGCCUCUCUCUGGGACAGAGGACCACAGAGCAGGGCCUCUCUCUGGGACAGAGCACCACAGAGCAGGGCCUCUCUCUGGGACAGAGCACCACAGAGCAGGGCCUCUCUCUGGGACAGAGGACCUACGUGGACCGUGUGGUGCAGGAGAUACUGGAGACAGAGAGGACGUAUGUGCGCGACCUGCAGAGCAUUGUGGAGGAGUGUUUGCAGAGCAUCUCAGAACAGUGUGGAUCAGAGCUGAGCUCAGACGAUCAGGAAUCUCUGUUUGGAAACAUCCAGGAAAUCUACCACUUCAACAGGAGCCUCCUUCAGGAUCUGGAACGAUGUGAGGCCGACCCUGUGGCCAUCGCUGAGUGCUUCGUGACCAAGCUGAUCACAGGUACAAACACUCUUUACCUGAUCACAGGUACAAACUACACUAACCCUAACCCAGAUCACAGAUCACAGGUACAAACACAGAUCACAGGUACAAACACAGACACUCUUUACCAGAUCACAGGUACAAACACAGACACUCUUUACCAGAUCACAGGUACAAACACAGACACUCUUUACCAGAUCACAGCUGUGGUUACAGACGUUACGGCUGUGGUUACAGACGUUACUGCUGUGGUUACGGACGUCACGGCUGUGGUUACGGACGUUACGGCUGUGGUUACGGACGUCACGGCUGUGGUUACGGACGUCACGGCUGUGGUUACGGACGUCACGGCUGUGGUUACGGACGUUACUGCUGUGGUUACGGACGUCACGGCUGUGGUUACAGACGUUACUGCUGUGGUUACGGACGUCACGGCUGUGGUUACGGACGUCACGGCUGUGGUUACGGACGUCACGGCUGUGGUUACGGACGUCACGGCUGUGGUUACGGACGUCACGGCUGUGGUUACGGACGUUACUGCUGUGGUUACGGACGUCACGGCUGUGGUUACAGACGUUACUGCUGUGGUUACGGACGUCACGGCUGUGGUUACGGACGUCACGGCUGUGGUUACGGACGUCACGGCUGUGGUUACGGACGUUACUGCUGUGGUUACGGACGUCACGGUUGUGGUUACGGACGUCACGGCUGUGGUUACGGACGUUGCGGCUGUGGUUACGGACGUCACGGCUGUGGUUACGGACGUUACUGCUGUGGUUACGGACGUCACGGCUGUGGUUACAGACGUUACUGCUGUGGUUACGGACGUCACGGCUGUGGUUACGGACGUCACGGCUGUGGUUACGGACGUCACGGCUGUGGUUACGGACGUUACUGCUGUGGUUACGGACGUCACGGUUGUGGUUACGGACGUCACGGCUGUGGUUACGGACGUUGCGGCUGUGGUUACGGACGUUACGGCUGUGGUUAUCUACUACUGUUGUUUUUCAGAGCGAAGACUUCCACAUCUACACACAGUACUGCACCAACUACCCACGGAAUGGACUGGUCUCAUCAGUGUCCUCGGUCUCAUCAGUGUCCUCGGUCUCAUCAGUGUCCUCGGUCUCAUCAGUGUGUCCUCGGUCUCAUCAGUGUCCUCGGUCUCAUCAGUGUCCUCGGUCUCAUCAGUGUGUCCUCGGUCUCAUCAGUGUGUCCUCGGUCUCAUCAGUGUGUCCUCGGUCUCAUCAGUGUGUCCUCGGUCUCAUCAGUGUGUCCUCGGUCUCAUCAGUGUGUCCUCGGUCUCAUCAGUGUGUCCUCGGUCUCAUCAGUGUGUCCUCGGUCUCAUCAGUGUGUCCUCGGUCUCAGUCUCAUUAGUGUGUCCUCGGUCUCAUCAGUGUGUCCUCGGUCUCAUCAGUGUGUCCUCGGUCUCAUCAGUGUCCUCAGUCUCAUUAGUGUGUCCUCGGUCUCAUCAGUGUGUCCUCGGUCUCAUCAGUGUCCUCGGUCUCAUCAGUGUGUCCUCGGUCUCAUCAGUGUGUCCUCGGUCUCAUCAGUGUCCUCGGUCUCAUCAGUGUGUCCUCGGUCUCAUCAGUGUGUCCUCGGUCUCAUCAGUGUCCUCGGUCUCAUCAGUGUGUCCUCGGUCUCAUCAGUGUCCUCGGUCUCAUCAGUGUGUCCUCGGUCUCAUCAGUGUGUCCUCGGUCUCAUCAGUGUCCUCGGUCUCAUCAGUGUCCUCGGUCUCAUCAGUGUGUCCUCGGUCUCAUCAGUGUGUCCUCGGUCUCAGUCUCAUUAGUGUGUCCUCGGUCUCAUCAGUGUGUCCUCGGUCUCAUCAGUGUCCUCGGUCUCAUCAGUGUCCUCGGUCUCAUCAGUGUGUCCUCGGUCUCAUCAGUGUGUCCUCGGUCUCAUCAGUGUCCUCGGUCUCAUCAGUGUGUCCUCGGUCUCAUCAGUGUGUCCUCGGUCUCAUCAGUGUCCUCGGUCUCAUCAGUGUGUCCUCGGUCUCAUCAGUGUCCUCGGUCUCAUCAGUGUGUCCUCGGUCUCAUCAGUGUGUCCUCGGUCUCAUCAGUGUCCUCGGUCUCAUCAGUGUGUCCUCGGUCUCAUCAGUGUGUCCUCGGUCAGUUGCGGUCCUCACAGACUGCAUGAGGAAUAAAACUUUAGCGAAGUUGUUCCGAGAGCGUCAGGAGACUCUGCAUCACUCUCUUCCUCUGGGCUCUUACCUCCUGAAGCCGGUGCAGAGGAUUCUCAAGUACCACCUGCUGCUGCACGAGAUGGUUACACACCUGGAUGACUCAGUGUCUGUGGAGAUGGUGCAGGAGGCGAUCGACACGAUGCAGAGAGUCGCUCGACACAUCAACAACAUGAAGAGGAAACACGAGCACUCACUCCGACUGCAGGUCAGCUCUAACUAA